AUGACCAUAUGUGACAUAAAAAUUAAGGAGAAAAAAAAUGAAAUGAAUAAAAACAAAAAUAAAGAUUACAUUUGUAAAAAUAUAGAAAAAGCACCAAGAGAAACAGACGUAUUAAUAGUAGGUACGAGUACCGGUGGAUUAUUUUUAUCAUUAGAUUUAAUGAGAAAAAAUAUAAAAAAUAUAAUUAUAAAUUCAUAUGAAAGUAAUUCUGAAGAUGAUAAGAUAAAUGAUCAAUACUUACUUUAUCCUCGAACCCUUGAAAUUUUACAAGAUUUAAAUUUACUUACAGAAGUAUCAUCUAAAAGUUUAAAAUUAAAUGGAAUAAGUUUUUACAUAGAAAAUAAAUUAAUAAAUAAGACAAGCAAAACAUUCUUUCAAAAUUUUAAUGGAACUCUACCAUAUAUGUUAAGUAUAAGUAAAUAUACACUAAAUAAUAUUUUACGAAAAAAUUUAAAAUAUUUUGGGGAAUCAGUAGAAGAUUCAACAGUAUUAUUAGAUAUUAUUGAUCAAUUUGAAGGUAAUAAACGUAAAAAAAAUUAUAAAAAUAAAUAUUUGCAUAAAAAUAGAAAUUCUAUAGUGCAUCAAAAUUCUAUUUUAUCACAAGAUAUUUUGAAUUCUUCAUUAAUGAGUAACAGUUCAAAUAAUGCUUACGAAAAUGAAAAUAUAAGAACUAUAAAGAAACUUUACACAUUACCUUCUCUCUUGAAAAAUAGGGGUGAUUUAGUAAAUAGUAAUGUAGAAGAAAAAAUUAAUCACAAUUUAAAUGAAAAUAAUAAAGGCAAAAAUCCAAUAAAUAACAACAAAAAUGAAAAUAUAAAUUAUUCAUAUAGUGAAAUUAAUACUAAGAGUAUUAACACAAGUUCAGUGGCAUCAAAUAAUAGUGAUACAAUUUCUAGUUUAUCAAGUGAAACAACAUCUAGCUCCUUUUCUUCUGGGUGCAGUAAUGAUAAAAGCAGUAAAUGUGCAGAUGAUAGCAAUAAUACUCACAACAUUUCUAAUAUAACUUAUUCAAACGAUAAAAUUGUUAAAAAAAGUAUUCAAUUACGAUUAUUAAACAACCUAUUAGAUAUAAAUAAAUAUAUUGAUAGAAAUGAGAGAAUGAAUAUCUAUUGUGAUAAUAUUGAAAAAUCGACGAAUUUAUAUAAAAAAUAUCAAAAUGUUAAGAAAAACGAAGAUAAAGAUUAUGAUUUUACAACUGUACAAGUAAAAGAAAAAAUUUCUUCACAUGAUAAUAAAGGAUUCGAUCAAUUUUCUUCAAUAAAAAGCAAAUUUAUUAUAGGAGCCGACGGAAAAAAAUCAUUAGUAAGAAAAUUUGCAGAUAUAGAAAUGAAUGAAAAAGAUGAUCAAUGCUUAGAAUAUAUAUCCGUUGAUGUUUGUGCAAAGUGGGGUAGUGAAAUGAAUCAUUACAAUUUAUCUUUGAUAGCAUCACAACAUGGUUUUAUUACUUGUUUUCCUAUAUUUUUUGAAAUUCAAAAUAUUAAUGAAAAUGAUUUUUAUUGCACAGAUAAAAAUUUUAUUACUUUCAUAAAAAAAAUAAAAAUGGAAUGCGAUUUAAAAAAAAAAGAUAUCUGUUUAAAUGAUAUAAAUAAAAAUAAAUUAAAAAAUGUACUUUCUAACUAUUACAGUAUACCCAAUUCAGAUGGUUAUGCUUCAAAUGUUUCUUUAAUAAACAAAGGGAAUGAUGGAAAAAAAGAGAAAAAUACUUGCAAUAGCAAUAUACACAAAAUGAAUAAUAAUAUUAUCAAAAAUUCUCAUCAAAAGGUAAAAAAUGGAAAUAUUUUUAUGAAUACAGAAAACUUUACUAAAAAAUAUAGCACAGUUAGUAAUAAUAAUAAUAAUAAUCCAAUAGACUUACAAACACCAAUAAAAAAUGAAGAACAGAAAAGCAGUAAUUUUAAGAAAAUUUUAGAUUAUUUCAAUAAUAAAGAUAAUAAAAAUACCAAUUUUACUAAUAAAUAUGUUGAAGAAAAAAAUAGAGAACACUUAGAAAACUCGAGGCAUAAUGCUUUCAAUAAAAGUAGUUCACAAAAUUCAAGCAGUAUUUCUAGUUAUAAAAAAAUAAUCUUAAAUUUAAAUUCAAGUAGUAGUGAAAAUACCAGCAAAACUGUAUCUUUUUACAAAACCAACCCAUUGUUAGAAGAAGAAAAAAAUAAUAAUACUCUAGAAGGAUCAUUACAAGUCUCAGAAGAUAAUAAUAUAAACCAGGAUAAUGUUAAAAUAAAAAAUAGUAAAAAUGUAUUAGAAAUAAAUAAAGAUGAAGAAUUUAACAGUACUAUGAAAAAAACAUCAUGUUUAAGUGUAUCUGACAAAUUUAAUGUUGAAUAUUUUUUUAAUAAAAAUAGUGAAAAUAAUUUAAGUAGUAAUUCUAUUAAUCAUGAACAAAUUUACUGUAAUAAAGGUAACAAUAAAAAUAUCAAUAAUGGCUAUUAUAAUAAUGUAGGUAGUUUUAAUAAUAAUAAUGAAUAUAAUGAUGAUAAUGACAAAAAUAGUAAUAAUGAUAUUAAUGAUAAUAUUGAUACUAACUAUAAUGUUGAUACUAAUAAUAAUAUUGAUAUUAAUAAUAAUAAUGAUACUAAUAAUAAUAGUAAUGAUAUAAGUAAUGAUAAUAUAAAUAAUAUCAGCAUUGAAAAUAAUAAUAAUAAUAAUAUAUAUAUUAAUAACGUUAAUUCACAUAAUAAUGAUAAUAUGAUUUUAGAAAAAAAUAAUGAUAAUACAAUUAUUAAAAAUAAUCAUAAUAUUAACACAAGUAAUAAUAAUAAAAACUCUGAUAUAAGUAAUAAUGAUAGUUAUGGAAAUAAUUAUAUUAGCAAAUGUACAGAAAGUAGUUUUAUUGAUGCUUUAAGUAAUAAUUCUAAAUUUGAAAUAAAAAAUGAUAAAUUUUUUUAUACAGGAAAGAAUAAUUACAAUUGGCAUUUAACGAUAUGUAGAAACCUAAAAAAGAAUAAAAAUAGCAUUCAUGAUAUAAAUAAAUCAAAUGAAAAUAAAUAUUUAGAAGUAAUAGAAUUAAUUAAAAAAAUAAUUCCUCAUACUGAAUUAUUUUAUUUGUAUAACUUAAAAAUAGGUGUACAUAAAGAUAAAAUUUGUAAAAAUUAUUAUCACAAUUCUAUAAUUUUAACUGGAGAAUCUAAUUGUUUCUAUAAUCCUUUAUUUAAUUUAAGUGUAAACUUAACAAUACAUGACACAUAUAAUAUAGGAUGGAGAUUGAAAUCAUUAAUUGAUCAUAAUUCUUCUUCCUUAUUAUUAGAAUCAUAUGAAAAGGAAAGAAAAUUAGUUUCUGAAAAUGUAUUAUCAUGGAAUAGAGAAAAAUUAAACUUAUUUUUAAACAACUAUUCUAUAUAUUUAUCCGUUUUAAAUUGUUGUGCUUCUACUUUUGCAAAUAUUUCUACUUUUUAUAAUUUUUUUGAAAAAUUUUAUUUAAAAACAUUCAUGCUUCAAGAAAAUUAUUAUCCACAUAAUACAUUAAAUAACACAGCACUGUCAUGUAAAAAAAGUUUUUCUUGUAGAGAUAGAGCAAAGAAUUGUAUUUUAAAAUAUAUUUAUUCGAACAACAACUACGAAGAAAAGACAAUAAGUUUAUAUGAUUAUUUAAGAGAUCAUUUACAUACAUUAAUUUUAUGCAUAAAUAUAUCAGAUGUAUCAAAUAAUAAUUAUGUUAAAUCAUUUUCUUUAAAAAAUAAAAAUAAUAUGAAUUAUGAUCAAACAUCUUUAUAUAAAUUAAUAAAAAUAGGAAGAUUAACUUAUAAUACUAUGAUGAAAAAUUUUAAUGGUUCUCCAUUGAAGAUAUUAUGGAUAAUAUGUGACAAAAAUAAAAAUGAAAUUAAUCAAACAAACAAUACUUUAUUUUCAACUAGAUUAUCUUCCUCUAAAAGUUUUAAUAUAAAUUUUUAUGAAGUUCCUAGUGAACUAUUAAAUGAAAUAAAAAAUUCAAAAAUACAAAAUCAAAUUAUUUUAUAUGAUUUCAUAAAUGAUUUUCAAAAACAAUUCAACAUAAAAUUAAAUCUCCCUAACAAUAUAAUAGAAUCUCACAAUUUUAAAUCUGCCAUGUAUAUUUUUCUUCGACCAGAUUUGCAUAUAACUCACAUGAACUAUGUCAAUGAUGAAAAUCAAAUGACUGAUUUUCUUGAUUAUAUAUAUAAAUUUUACGGUUAA